GCUUCUGACUAUCAUGGACGUCGACGGAUCCGGAGCAAUGUCAACUCGUAGACGAUUCUCAACUAGCGCGUUUGCAAGCAAGCGCGGGCCGACCUGUUGGGAAGGCGCUUUUCAAUGCAAUGUGGCAUCUUCGCUCGACAGAGUUGGUGUGUUAGGCGAGAAUGGCUCUGGACACCGAGGAUGCGUCAAUGCCCUCAGCUGGGCUGAUGGUGGCGAAUGGCUGAUCAGUAGCGGUGAUGACGCUGACAUAAGGAUCUGGCGCAUAGAUGCAGCUACCGAGUUCGCUGGGCAUGUGCAUGAAGACGGUUAUCCACUUAAAUGCGAGACUGUGAUCAAUACUGGUCACACACAAAACGUUUUUAACGUACAGCAGCUGCCCGGUUCAAAACGCAUUACAUCUGUGUCGGGAGACAGACAGGUGCGCGUCUUUGACAUCGGGGAUGCCCUGGGUCGGUCUCCCACUGGUGCAGAGGCCACCUAUGGCACUCGACAGGCAUGCAUUCGAAUUUUACGCUGCCACACGGGUCGAACAAAGCGCAUACUGACAGAAGACAGCCCGGAUGUUUUCUUGACCGUGGCAGAGGAUGGGGAAGUUCGACAACACGACCUUCGGACGUUCCAUUCCUGUAACGACGGCAACUGUCCAGCUCCCCUUGUCAAGAUGCCUCAUGAAUUAUCCACGAUGGCCAUGUCUCCUAUAAGACCUUAUCACAUCGUGGUAGGCGGGGAGUCUCCUUUUGCGCAUCUAUUUGACCGACGACAUGCGGGUCGGUGCAUACAAGCGGAAUGGGGUGUUCCUCUCGACGAAAGCAAUCUAUCCACAUGUGUGAGACGUUUUGGACGUGAGCGUCGAGCUCCAGGAGAAAGGCGCGGUUACGAGCAUAUCACUGGUGCUAAGAUGUCAGCUUGGAACGGGCAUGAGCUUCUUCUAUCUUAUAGCUCAGACGGGGUCUAUCUUUAUUCUACUCAGGAUGAUUCAGAAACAUCCAACAGCCUGACUUCCGUGACAUCCUCGCCUGUGCUGAGAACCCCGCCAUUGGUUACAGAAGCCAACUGUCUGACUGGACCAAUGGAAGAGCACGUGGAUGUAGAACAUGCACUGGACGCUAUUGUUUCUCUUGAAACUUCAGAAGAUGAGGCUGGCAUGCUUGAUGAGGGCGACGAAGACGGCAACGAAGAGGACGACAAUCUCACCAUUUCCGACUAUGACAUCCACAAGGAUAUCCCUACAGUUUAUCCCCGUGCCAAGUUCACGGGUCACUGCAACGUUGAAACGGUCAAAGAUGUGAACUUUCUCGGCCUUCGGGACGAGUACGUCGUAUCUGGUUCUGAUGAUGGUAAUGCCUUUGUAUGGCAGAAAGCGGAUGGCAAGCUUGUCGAUAUCUUAGUGGGUGACGAAAGUGUUGUCAACGUCAUUGAAGGGCAUCCUCGUCUACCUCUUGUUGCAGUGAGUGGAAUCGAUAAGACCAUAAAACUCUUCGCUCCUGUCCAUGGUGAAAGACAAUUCUCUCGAAUACUGAGCAAGGACGCAAUAUGCAGACGCAAUGUAAGCGCUUCAAGGCGGCCACUUUUGCCAGAUACACAACUACUUCAUCUCCUAAGAAUGCACUUAGAGCAUGCUCAAGAUGGGCAACCAGGCUCAAGAGAGCCCUCUAUUACUCAGUGCGUUAAUCAGUGACUUGAUAUGGGGUGCGCGGAAAUAGUAUGUUGUGUGCUUUGCUGCUUUUCUUUCUUUCUAUUUUGUAGUAGCCUGUGUUUGUAGUACUUGUAGCCCUCAGCGCGGAAAAUUG